UUCUCUUUCAACUCUAGGGUUCAGAUAGAGCGAGAGAGACCGCCACACACGAAGAAGGGACAAACGCCAGGAAAAUGGUGAAGUUCUUGAAGCCAAAUAAGGCGGUGAUCGUCCUUCAAGGCCGCUACGCCGGUCGCAAGGCGGUAAUCAUCAAGUCCUUUGACGAAGGCACACGCGACCGCCCUUACGGUCAUUGUUUGGUUGCAGGGAUAAAAAAGUACCCGAGCAAGGUUAUCAAGAAGGACUCAGCAAAGAAGACUGCCAAGAAAUCCCGCGUCAAGUGCUUCAUCAAGCUUGUCAACUACCAGCAUUUGAUGCCCACUCGCUACACUCUUGACGUCGACCUUAAGGACGUUGUCACCGUCGACUCUCUGCAGAGCAAGGAGAAGAAGGUGGCGGCUGCUAAGGAGACUAAGGCGAGGUUCGAGGAGCGGUUCAAGACUGGAAAGAAUAGGUGGUUCUUUACCAAGCUCAGGUUUUGAGGAUUCAUUUCUUAAGAGUUUUGUUUGGUUUCUUUAUCUUUUAUAAGAAAGGAGUAUGAUCUUGUUAUUGUAAGACUUGUUAAGUAGUAAUCGUUAAUUUUGGAUUUUAAGAUUUGUGUUUUGAUGAACUUACUCAGAUCUGAUCGGAUGAGUUGUUUCUAAGUUUAUACAAUGCAUUUUGAAUCUUUC